AUGAUAACAUCAAGGCGUUUUUCAAAUGGGAAGGUGGAGAAGUUUGAGAAGAACAUUACCAAGAGAGGAGAUGUGCCUAAAACAACUACUAAGAAGGGAAAAGACUACCCUGUGGGGCCUAUUCUUCUUGGAUUUUUUGUAUUUUUUGUCAUUGGUUCAUCUCUAUUUCAAAUAAUCAGGACAACUACAAGUGGAGGCUUGGCAUAA